AUGGCGUCCUCCGCUGGCCGGCUGACUACACGCUGGCUAGCAGCAUCUGUUUCUUCUUCACACCACCACAGUCGUUUUCUGGUUUUAUCCGUCAGACAUGCAGCAGUAUGUGCAGCCACGAUAUCACAGACCCACCGGGGAGGGAUAGCGGCUAACCUGAGCUCCCAUAGACCUGGACAUGGCGUGACAUUGAGAGGACUGACAGGGGUGACCUGUCACUCGUUCCACACCAGCAGCAGAUUUGCAAACAAGAAAGACUUCUAUGAAACCUUGGGUAUUUCCCGAACUGCCACACAGAAAGAUAUCAAAAAGGCAUAUUACCAGUUGGCAAAAAAGUACCACCCAGACACCAACCCAGAUGAUCCAGAGGCCAAAGAGAAGUUUGCCAAGCUAGCUGAAGCUUAUGAGGUGCUGAGUGACGAAGUGAAGAGGAAACAGUAUGACACGUACGGAGCAGCAGGCUUCGACCCAAGCCGUGCAAACGCAGGCCAGCAGCAGUACUACAGAGCUGGCGGAGCCACUUUAGACCCUGAGGAGGUCUUCAGGAAGAUCUUUGGAGAUUUUACAGGAGGCAUGGGCUUCGGAGACAUCAACAGCAUGUUCGAACAAAGGCCUGAGUUUGUGAUGGAGCUUACGUUUGCUGAAGCAGCAAAGGGCGCGAAUAAGGAUUUGGCUAUAAACAUUGACGACAAUUGUCAGAGGUGUGAUGGCAAGGGCAGCGAACCCGGCACCAAGGUGACGCGCUGUCAGUACUGCAGCGGCACUGGCAUGGAGUCGAUCAACACGGGUCCCUUCAUGAUGCGCACCACAUGUCGGCGCUGCGGGGGGAAGGGCUCCAUCAUAACCACGCCCUGCGCACUUUGUCGAGGUUCAGGUCAGACCAAGAAGAGGCAGACGGUCACUGUGCCCGUACCUGCUGGAGUGGAAAACGGUCAGAGAGUACGCAUGCCAGUUGGAAAAAAAGAAAUCUUCAUUACAUUUAGGGUCCAGGGUAGCCCUGUGUUCAGGCGUAGCGGGAUAGACAUCCACUCAGACGCGUUCAUCUCUGUGGCUCAAGCCAUCCUGGGGGGCAAGGCCAAAACACAAGGUCUCUAUGAAACCAUCAGUAUGGCGAUUCCUUCAGGUUGCCAAGCUGAUCAGGUGAUCCGGCUGCAGGGGAAAGGCAUUCGGAGGAUGAACAGCUAUAGCUACGGAGAUCACUAUGUUCACAUGAAGAUCAGAGUGCCCAAAAAGUUGACGAGAAGGCAACGCUCUAUGAUGCUCAGUUAUGCCGAAGAGGAGACAGACGUUCAGGGAUCUGUCAACGGUGUCACACCUUCUGCAGGAGGGGGCAGCAGCACUUCAGGUGCGAAGGCAACCAGCUCAGAGGAGGGACAAGACAAUCAGCAGCAGAAGGAAGAGGGAGGCUUCUUCUCUAAGCUAAAGAAAAUGUUUAGCUGACACCAAAACUACAGGUAGAAAACCACAACAUGGUAAAAGAGGGGAAUAAAUCCGCUGACUGGGCCUCCAUGCUGUCUCUUCCUGCUUUGGGAAUUGAGCAAGGAGACGGAAGAGAGACUGAGUGGUAUUUGUGUUGACAAAGUCGCACAUUGUUGAAGCUGCGGUUGGCAAACAGGCCAUGUAGACGCCAUGUCCACCCACACACCCACUGGCCCCAUCACCAAAGACAGGUGCUGGGCCAAGAAACCCAAGAACUGCUGGAAGAGAAACAACUUACUGAGGACUAUUGUGGUUUAACUCUCCUCCCUGCUUACUGUUUGAAACUGCACUGCUCAGUGAGUCACAAAGUGCUGUACAGACAGUUACUUGAUAAUUAAAGUCAACUUAAAAUUCCACCACCAUCAACUACGUACAAUACGACGUUUUAACGCACACCAACAUUUUCCAUGUUCCUUCACCGAACAUCUUGCCUAAAUGAAUAAAAGCCAGAACUAUAGAAUUAUUUUUGGGGAUGUGACAGAAAGUUGUGUCAGUUUUAGAAACAAAUUUAAAUGUAUUAAGCUUUGUUUUGUCUUUCUCCACCUAAAGCUUACUAAACAUUAUCAUAUUCUGUGAAAUGAGCUGAGAUGGAAAGGUUUUGGAAAGAGAGAGAGAGAAGAAAAUGUGUUCCCCUUAUCUGUUUGUCAUCUGGACUCAGUAUGAUUGGUUGUACCUGUAUGUGUGUGGCAACAAAACAAUGCAUAUACGUAUUUAAAUAAAAUGUAGAAUA